CAUCUCGCUCUGGGUGAGUCUCUGUUUAUCCUGUGUUCGAGAGCCAGCUGCCGCUACACAGACACACACUCGCACUUCAGUUUUAUCCCCCGCUUUCUGAGGGACGUGAGGAGAGAUAGCGGAUGAAGAAGGGAUAUCGAAGACCAGAGGAGCGCUAAGUUUUCAGACGAGCGAGGAGCUGAUUAUUUAUCGUGUUGUUUCUCCUGGCUGUUGCUGGUGACGGCUGAAUCUUCUCUCACUCCGUUCCUCCUUAAGGUAAGAAGAGCAGAAGAAAAAGAACAGCAGAGGAGUGGAGCGUCGGAUGAUGCGAGAGGAGGAGAGACUGCGUUUAUCUGCCACCUACGACAAAGUGUCACAGCUAAAGCCAUGAGUUGCACUGUUUCCCUUCAGGUUUAAGGAGAGGACGUGAAGUUAAAGUACUGGACUAUGAUUCUUAAAGAUGGAGCGUGCGCCUCGUUGUGGCCGCGUCGGCGAGCCGGGAGUCUCCUGCUCCUGAGCGUUUCUUUGCUGCUUCUCCAGGUCCAUGUUACGUCCAUGAAGAACUCACACUACUCCUGGAAAACAGGUCAGUGGGGUCGUUGUAAAGGAGAGGAAUGUGGCUCGAGCGGUGUUCAGUCCCGCAGUGUGUGGUGUGUUCACUCAGACGGCUGGCACACACACCACUCCAACUGCCAGCACUCUGUCAGGCCGGACACUCAGAGGCCCUGCUUCAAAGUGUGUGAGUGGCACCAGGACCUUUUCGAAUGGGACGUGUCUGAGUGGAGUUCCUGCUCUCUCACUCUGAACUCUAAUGACGUGAGGACGCGACCUCUUUCAUCCGAGUGCAUCACGGCUCAGCACGGUAUUCAGAGACGUUCUGUACGCUGCAUCCGUGUGCUCAACGGCACGUCUGUGUCUGAUCGGAUCUGUGAGUUCUUCUCUCCUAGGCUGCCUCUGGAACAGGCGUGUCUGAUCCCAUGUCCUCUGGACUGUGUGGUGUCUGAAUUCUCUUCAUGGUCGCGCUGUAGCGGGAUGUGCGGGGUCGGAUUGAGGCACCGGACGCGCCACGUUCUCGCAGCUCCCGCGUACGGUGGAGCUGGAUGCCCCAAUCUGAGCGAAACACAGCCGUGUGAACACCCAAUGCCAUGUCCGAUAGGUGAGGAUAGGAAUCUGUACAGCCUGAAGGUAGGAACAUGGAGUGACUGUAGACUUCCACAGCAGAAGGAUGUGCUGAUGAAUGGGAGGACGACUCUGGAUUUUGGAGUUAAGGAGAGGAAUAUGGUGAAGAGACAUGUUCAAGGUGGCCAAUACCAACAUGCACACUAUGCGCAUCAACACCACCGAUAUCACGAUCAUCAAGAUCUAUUCCAACAAGUUUCUCAAGACCAAACACAACAAAUCCCUCAACUAGACCAACAGCAACAUUACCAAACGCCAACCGAUCACCAACAGCACCUGCAAGACCAAAACCACCUUCAACUUCAAGAGAAAAACCAUCCACAAAAUCCAUAUCAACUACUUCAGUCAAAUCAAAACCAGCAAGAUACGGAACUUUAUCCAGACCAAACCCAACAAAUCAAGCAAAAAACCCAACACCAUGUUCAUCAAGACCACGACCAUGUUCAUCAAGACCAUCUCACCAACAACUACCAACUUCACCAAAACCAGACUUACCAGAACCAUCACUUUUCGCAAAAUCACCUUCAACAACACCAUCAACAACCCCAGCAGCAGCACUACGAGGCCUCUAGGUGGUGGGAUGUGGAGAUCGGAUAUCAGACACGGCAGAUUCGCUGCAUGGCCAGUGAUGGAAAGAACUCUGUGCUGAGUCUGUGUUCUGGAGACGACUCUCCUGCCUCGUCCCGCUCCUGCGUCAUGCUCAGAGACUGUCACACCUCUGACUGGUCUUCCUGGAGCUCGUGCUCAAAGACCUGUCAAUCAUCUGAUCUGUCUCCUGGUUACCGUGUGAGGAGCCGAAGCAUGACACAGCCCAGUGUGGGACGAGGGAGAGAAUGUCCUGCCCUCCAGGAGAAAGAAGCCUGCAAUAUCAUUGGUGAUUUACUUCCCAAAUGCCCCAGGUACGAGUGGAGGAGUACAGACUGGAGCGAAUGCCGUAUCACUCCUCUCCUCAGCCUUCAGGAGAAGAAAGCAGUAAACAUCAGCGCUCUGUGUGGAGGAGGAGUACAGAGCAGAGAGACGUACUGCGUUCAGGUCCAAGACGAGACAACACCGAGACACGGGAGAGACGUCUCUCGGCCAGUCAGUGUAAGUCUGUGUGAGGAAACACUCAUCCCCUCAUCUGUCCGUUCCUGCUCUCUUCCCUGCUCUCGGCCAUGCCUGCUGUCCUCCUGGUCUUCAUGGGGUUCCUGCCUGCCUGAAGACUGCAACCAGGGGAGGAGAGGUUACCGAGAAAGGAGAAGGCGUGUACUAGGAGAAGGAUCUGGAAGCUCAGAUGAUUGUGGCCACCUGCUGGAGUUCAUUCCCUGUGAAGAUCCUGUCUGUUUCCAGUGGCGUGUUGGAGACGAGCGAAAGUGCGUGGCUAAUGAGGGGACUUGCGGCUCUGGCAGCAGAAGUCAAACUGUGGCCUGUGUCAACUCUGAAGGUGUGGCUGUAGAGGCGGGGCUUUGUGAGGAAACCACGCCCCCUGCAGAGGUAGCCUGUGAAGUGGCGUGUCCCGGUGACUGUGUGAUCAGCUCCUGGUCUGAUUGGUCUCCAUGUUCUCACUCCUGUGCCAAGAAGAACACUGAGGGGAAGCAGAGUCGUUCUCGGACCGUUCUUGCUCUACCUGGGGAAGGGGGUAAAUCGUGUCCUCCUGCCCCAUCUUUGGAGGAGUGGAGAUCCUGUAAUGAUAAUCCGUGUGUGGUGUUUUACUGGGAAGUGUCUCCGUGGGGUCCGUGUGUCCCCGAUCCGUCCUUCUUUCUAAACAGAAGCGACGUUGGCGACGACACGACGAGCUGCUCAGCAGGGCUUCAGACACGCAAAGUCACCUGCAUGAAGAUCAAUGGAGGAGCUGUCACUGCAAAACGGUGUCCUGACUCAGCGAGGCCAAUCUCAGUGCAGUCGUGUGUGUUACCGUGUAAAAGAGACUGUGUUGUCACUCUGUUCAGUGAAUGGACGACCUGCCCUAACACCUGCUUACCUGCUAACGCGACCAUGCCCACUCAGUCACGCUACAGGAUGGUGGUCCAGCGAGCAGUCGGCGGGGGUCACGAGUGUCCUGAUACCAUGUUUGAGGAGAGGGAGUGUGAACCACUUCCCGUGUGUCCUACCUACAGGUGGAGGACACACAAAUGGCAGCCGUGUACACUGGUGCCGGAGUCAGUCCUGCAGGGAACGCUAGGAGUGAGGGAAGCAUGUGGAAGAGGCUUGGAGAAGAGAGCACUGAGCUGUGUAGACGACGAAAACGAGCCAGUGGGCGUGUCUGAGUGUGUGCAGUGGGCGGGGCCGACACCACCUCAAGUGCAGACCUGCUGGAUUUCCUGUAAGGACGACUGUACCUUCAGUCCCUGGUCCAAGUUUACAGAGUGUUCAGGCUGCGAAGGGACACGCACUCGCAAACGUAGUGUCACAGGGCGGAGCAGGAAGAGAGAACGCUGUCUUAAGGAGGACGUGUAUCCACUGCUGGAAUCUGAGCCGUGUGUGUGUGAUGAGUUGAUCUCAGAGCCAUGGGGGAACUGGUCAGUGUGUAUCCUUCCUAGUGCCACACCCCCUUUCUCAACACAUGGAUGGAGGGGUGGAAAGGAAGUACGUGAAUGUGGGGAGGGAAAACGCUACCAUGCAAUAGCCUGCCUUGACCAGAAGAGACGUCUCCUGGACCCAUCUCAGUGUGCUGAGACAGAACUUCAGGAGGAAUCAUGCUCCAUCCCUUGCCCCCUGGACUGUCGUCUUAGCGUCUGGUCCGCCUGGUCCCCAUGCAGUGUGUCCUGUGGCAGCGGGCUGAGAGUUCGCUCCAGAUGGCUGCGGGAGAAACCGUUUAACGGGGGACGGCCGUGUCCAAAAUUAGACCUGAAGAAUCAGGUGUCUGAGGUCGUACCAUGUCGGGGUGUGUGUGCAGUGUAUCAGUGGGUGACAGAGUCCUGGUCCUUCUGCUCCAUCAACACGGUGGAUGAAGGGAGCACAUGUGGAGAGGGAGUGCAGAGCCGCAAGAUCCGGUGUGUACUGCGUGGUGAUGGUGUUAAUGAGAGUCACACUGUUAAUGACUCUCUGUGUGAUCAGGACGAUGCCCCUGCUCAAGCUCGCACUUGCAUACUGCCUUGCCCUGGUGACUGUGUAAUGUCUCCCUGGAGUCACUGGAGUUUAUGCCCCAUGUCGUGUGAUGUGAACUCUGUGAGGACGAGGACAAGGCAGAUGCUCCGGCCCCCCAUCGCCCACGCCACCUGUCCUGAGAGGAAUGAGACGGAGCUGUGCGUCGUGAACGCCAACUGUUUCACCUAUCGGUACAACGUCUCCGGUUGGAGUAGCUGCAUGCUGAGUGAGCAUGCUGUGUGUGGUGAAGGGGUCAGGACUCGGCUGCUUGACUGUAUUCGCAGUGAUGGCAAACUGGUGGAUUUGAUUGUGUGUGAAGAGUUGGGUCUUCCUCAGCUGUGGAUGCUCAGCGAAACCUGUCGUGUGGAUUGUCCCAUCAGCUGCAUGCUUUCUGAAUGGACCCAGUGGACCGAGUGCUCACAUUCCUGUGGAAACCAGGGCCUGAUGUCCAGAUCUCGUCGUGUCCUCCAGAACGCUCACGAGGAAGGACGUCCGUGUCCGUCGCAGCUCUCGCAGACUAAACCUUGUCCCAUAAGGCCGUGCUACAGCUGGCUGCUGGGGGUCUGGUCGUCCUGCCACGUGGAGGGUGCUGACUGUGGAGACGGUGUGAGACGCAGGAACUUAUCGUGUGUUGUACACUGGGGUCAUUGGCCCGAAUCGGCCGGCCCGAGACCUGAUGUCCACACUCCAGCUAUCAUAGUGGAGGACGAGAAAUGUGACGAGAAACAUUUCAGGACAGAGAACAAAGAGGAACUGCAGCAGCCAUGCUUUGUACCCUGUCCAGGCGACUGUCACCUGACAGACUGGUCGCCAUGGAGCUCAUGUCAGCUGACCUGCGUAGAGGGGCGGAGUUUCGAGUUGGAAGGUCAUCAGGCACGCUCGCGAGCCGUCAUCAUCCAAACACUGCAGAACCAGGAGAGCUGUCCAGACCAGGAGAUCAAGACACAGCCAUGUAAAGGUGGAAAGUGUCACAGCUACGAGUGGAAGACGAGCGCGUGGAGCGACAACGUGAGGGAGGUGUGGUGUCAGCGCUCAGACGGAGUCAACGUCACAGGUGGAUGUUUUCUGGUGAACAAACCAACACAGGAGCGUCACUGCCACCCUCCCUGUACCAAACCCUUCUCUCACUGCAAACAGAGUGGAGUGUGUGGCUGUGAGAAAGGCUACACAGAGGUGAUGAACACUCACGGCUUCCUGGAUUACUGCACCAGGACACCGGGGGGCGCUGGAGACACCAGGAAGGCCGACGUGAAGAGCAGCUCAGGGAGGGUGAAACCGGGCCCGUCCCAAAUCCACGAAAUCUUUGGCGAGUGGUCACUACAAGCUCUCAGCCCAGAUGGGCGGAUAAAGAUGUGGGUGUACGGAGCCACAGCCGGAGGCUUUAUCCUCAUCCUCUUCAUCAUCACUGUGUCCUUUCUCUUCUGCAGUCGAUCAGUAAAACAGAGUAACUCCCCUCCACUGCAGAAAGCACUGUCUCUGGCUUACGAUGGAGAUGUGGACAUGUGACAGACCCUUCAGAGCCCCCAGGAGCUCACCCUGGACCACGGGGAAUGCCUGCAUUCAGGAGAGCUUCACUAAUCCUAUAGAACAGAGGGGACAUUGGAGCAAAGCGUGUUUUCAUAGCCUUUAGUUUUGACAUUUGACCAGGACGACAGAGAUCUCGGUACGUUCUCACUGCGUGGAUUUGUAUCACUGGAAUAAAAAGACGAGUAAAAAAAAAUGGAAGAACGUCUCUAUUCGCACAAAAGAACGAAUCAAACCGAGUGAUGAGGAAACAAACAAGACACUUCUACACUAUGCACUAUAUUAGUGCUUUCUUCAAUUAUUAUUUUUGCAAACUGGUUUUUAGUGGUUUUAUUGAUUUUCAUUGUGAUGCAGCUGGAGUUUUCAUUAUGUGAUGUAUAUGAAUGUGUACAUGCAGGCCUGAUCUUCAUCUUCUAUACUAAACACCAAAAGAGAUUGUUGUAUUAGCCCAAGUUCUGAUCUUUGACCCUUAGCCCUGUAGCUUGUCCCCUCUAACACCAGCACUCGAUCCUCCUUGCUCGUUUAGCUUCCUCAUUGGUUUUUCUGCCAGGUUGCGGUUCAUUUUCACCAGUUUGGAACAGGACGUAGUGUUUUCUCAUUCCUGUGAUAAACAGGAAGUGGAAGGAGACUCGAGAGCCAUGUGUUCAGUAGCUGUAGAUCAUCCAGCAUCCAGGUGCUUUUUUUUUUUUUUUUAUGCCUGGUGUUUUUUAAAUUGCAAGAAAAAAAAUAUGGAGGACAAAAAUUGCAGGUGUGUUUCAUUGCCAGUAUUCAAACUAGCGAUAACAAUCAACGUGAUGUCCAACUGUAACAUUAAAAAUCACAAGCAGCUCAAAAUGACUCCAGCGUCAGGGUUGUAGAGUCUAACGAAACAGCGAUCAUUCUGAGAAACAAAAUGCAGUGUGGACACAGACACAGGGCUGACGGACCCAGCAGCUUUUACUCGUUGGUUCUUGGAUGAUAAUAAAAUAAACGGGUGGAAAAGAUCAGACUGACUUUCCCUGAUGUGUGUGUGUUUAUAGAAACGAAAAAAUCAGACCAACUUGACGUCUGCAUUCAGGAAUCUGUUUGGGAACUUUAAAGGUUCCUCAGAGAAACAUUAAUGAUUCCAGAUCAAGGUGAAUAGUAUGGAGCUUUCAGCAUCUCAAACUGUGUGUGUGUGUGUGUGUGUGUGUGUGUGUGUGACAGAGUCUGACAGAAACCAGGGGUAAAUGUACAUUCUAGGGCAAAAAAAUGGGCCACGUUUCUUCAUAAACACAAAAGAGCUGCAGAUUGUCGGAGGUGAAGACGCUCUGAUGUCAUAUUUCUGCCUGUAACUUCACUCCAAAGACUUCAUUACUUAUUGAACACUGGAACGCUGCUCUGUGUUGAUUUGUUCCUCUGGUUUUUACUCGUCCUAACAUUGUACACGUUGGUUUUUAUUUUAAAAAUCAGGAUGCUCUACAUUUUAUUUGUAACUGCAUUUGAUAUAAAAUCUUCACGUCAUCAGUAGCUACAGGAGCACACACACACACACACACACACACACACACACACACACACACACACACACACACACACACACACACACACUACAUCCUCAUUUCUCCCAGAUGGUUUGCUUUCAUUCCUUCUUCUCACAUUCUUUAUUUCUUCCCACCACAUUUUCACCUCUGACAGGUGGAGAAGCUUUUUUUUAUAUAAUU